UUCUUCUUUGAGUUUCAAAUUGAGCUCUCUUCUUACAUUACAUUUGUUGAAAUAAAAAAUGGAGAACCCUGAAAAAUUUGGCAGGUUUUCCAGUUGCCGGGGCGUGGCCUUUGAGAUCAAACCCCACGCUGAUCUAUUUGCCGUUCCUGCUCCAGUCAUUAAACCGCCUCGCGAUACCAGCAGUGGCCGAAGAUCUUGGCUCCCAUGGGGGAGUUUUUCAAGAGUUGUUCCAUCCUCUGAGCUCAUUCAGAGGUCCAUGAGCCGAACCAGCAGCCAUUUCUGCGAUCUUGAUGUUGAUGAUUAUGAAGACGAAGAUGCCAAAACUCUUGUUGACAUUGAAGAAGGCCAUGAAGAAGAGAAACUGUCGCAACCCCCUUCGCCCCUUCCCGUUCCACCGCCUAAAUCAGGACCCAAGAAGCAGUCUUCUUCCAGGCUGUCUGUUAUACUGCUUGAUCAAGGACUUUUCACUGUUUACAAGCGGCUGUUUGUAGUUUGCUUGGCUCUGAAUAUUACUGGCCUGGUUCUUGCAGCCGUAGGUAGAUUCCCGUAUGCUAGAAAUCGGGCUGCCUUAUUCUCCAUCGCUAACAUUUUUGCUUUGGUUUUAUGCCGAAGCGAGGCGUUCUUGAGGAUUGUGUUCUGGCUGGCGGUGAAUGUUUUGGGGUGGUCAUGGGUUCCUUUGCGGCUUAAGACAAUGACAACUUCGUUGCUGCAAUCUCUGGGUGGAAUACACAGCAGCUGUGGGGUUUCAUCCGUUGCAUGGCUGAUUUACGCAUUGGUCCUCACUCUCAAAGACAGGGAGAACACAACGCCGGAGAUCAUCGGCGUUGCUUCCACAAUUCUUGGUCUCCUUUGCCUCUCUUCUCUGGCUGCCUUCCCCCUCGUCCGCCACCUCCACCACAACGUUUUCGAACGAACCCACCGGUUCGCCGGCUGGAGCGCUCUAGUCCUCCUCUGGGCUUUUAUCAUUCUCACCAUUUCAUACGACCCGUUUACGAAAUCCUACAGCAAUGACCUCGGGUCAAGAUUGAUAAAAAGACAGGAAUUCUGGUUCACAGUUGGAAUCAGUGUUUUAAUCAUCAUUCCAUGGUUGACGGUCAGAAGGGUCCCGGUUCGUGUCUCAUCCCCAUCAGGCCAUGCCUCCAUUAUAAAGUUCGAGGGCGGGGUUAAAUCCGGAAUCUUAGGCAGGAUCAGCCCUUCGCCUUUUUCGGAAUGGCACGCUUUUGGAAUAAUCUCAGACAACAAGAAAGAACACAUGAUGCUGGCCGGAGCAGUCGGCGACUUUACAAAAUCUCUCGUGGCGAAUCCACCUAGCCACUUGUGGGUUCGACAGGUGCACUUCGCAGGGUUGCCGUAUUUGACUAACAUGUAUAAUAGGGUUCUUCUGGUGGCAACCGGGUCCGGAAUCUGUGUCUUCCUCUCCUUUCUUCUGCAGCCAUGUAAGGCUGAUGUUUGCUUGCUUUGGGUGACGAAAGGCGUGGAACAGAACUUUGGUAAAGAAAUCAAGGAAUGGAUGAGCGGGCACCCGAAGGAGAAGGUCAUUGUUCACGACACCGCCGUGCUUGGCAGGCCCAACGUAUCGCAAAUGAGCGUUGAUACGGCGAAGAAUUUCGGCGCGGAGGUGGUGAUUGUGACCAGUAAUCCCGAGGGAAGCAGGGAUGUGGUUGAUUCGUGCAAGGCUGCUGGGAUUGCUGCUUUCGGUCCCAUUUGGGAUUCUUGAUUUCCUAAAUGUUUACAUCUUCUGUUACACAGUACUUUCCUUCAUUAUCCUUUAUCUUGAUUUGUUCCAAGCAUGCAUGUAAUGGGUUCCUAAGUUGGGACUCGUCAUCUUUGACUUCAAGCAACAAUGCCUAUAUUAUAAUAAUAUAUCUUUCUUCAAUCUA